AUGAUCAGCCACGCCGUUUGGAACCAAGCGGUCAAGGCCCCGCUGCGGAGACUCGCCUCGACCCUCGCUGUCCCCGCCAACAAUAGCUUCCAAACAACAGCAAUUCCACGCCAACCUAGACAUACGUUCUCUAUCUGCUUCAAGUCCUCCCUCGCCCAACACGGCCAAUUCCUCGAGGACACGGCGUUCAAUGCCACCCACAAGCGUUUCUUUACCCGACCCACAGCACCCCGUCUGAAGAACACCAACGAGCCUCCAUCUGGCAUCAACAUAGGAAGCUCCGCAUCAGGAGCUGGAGCAUCUCCCAAACCAGGAUCUGGAGCAGCUGCUCAAACUGUCAAGAUACCUCUUACUCAACAGGCAGCCGCGUCAGGAACAUCGCCUGCUGUCAAGGCCGCUGCUGAAAAGGCUUCAAACGCGGAUCAAAAUCAAAUGGACUGGAAAAUCAUUAAGGAUCUCUCGAGUUACAUCUGGCCCAAGAAUGACCGUGGGGUCAAGAUCCGUGUUGUGGUUGCAUUGGGAUUGUUGGUCAUGGGCAAGAUUCUGAAUGUUCAAGUACCUUUCUUUUUCAAGGAUAUCAUCGACAAGCUGAAUGUCGAGUUUCCUGUCGAAUCUACUGUCAUUGGUGUCGUCGGAGCCGUCAUUCUCGGAUAUGGUCUUGCAAGAGCUGGAUCGUCCAUUUUCGGCGAACUUCGUAACGCUGUUUUUGCUGCUGUUGCCCAAAAGGCCAUCCGUCGUGUCUCUGCCAACGUCUUUGAACAUCUGCACCGUCUGGACAUGUCGUUCCAUCUGACCAAGCAAACUGGUGGAUUGAGCCGUGCCAUUGAUCGUGGAACAAAGUACGCCUUAGGCAUCAGUUUCCUUCUCUCGUCUAUGGUCUUCCAUCUUUUGCCUACCGCCCUCGAAAUUACCAUGGUUUGCAGUAUUUUGACGUAUCAAUUUGGACCCUCCUUUGCUGCUGUCACCGCCGCCACCAUGGCUGCCUAUGCUUGGUUCACUGUUCAGACGACCGCCUGGAGGACAAAGUUCAGGAAGCAGGCCAACGCCGCCGACAACCAAGCCGCAACCGUUGCUGUGGAAUCCCUCAUCAACUUUGAAUCCGUCAAGUAUUUCAAUAACGAAAAGUUUGAGCUGAAGCAGUAUGAUAACGCGUUGGCCAAGUACGAGACCUCGUCUUUGAAGAUUGCCUCCAGUCUAGCCUUUUUGAACGCAGGACAGAACGUGAUUUUCUCGACCAGUUUGACGGCCAUGAUGUACCUCGCCGCCCAGGGAGUCCUUUCAGGAACGAUGACGGUCGGAGAUGUCGUCAUGAUCAACCAGCUCGUCUUCCAGUUGUCGUUGCCUCUGAACUUUUUGGGAUCUGUCUACCGUGAGCUCCGUCAGGCGCUGAUCGAUAUGGAGACCAUGUUCAACCUGCAGGCGGUCCAUGUCAAGGUCCAGGAUAAGCCCGAUGCACCCAUCCUGAAGCUGGCUGCCAAAGGCGGAGAGUUGCGUUUCGAGGAUGUUGUUUUUGGAUACCACCCGGAUCGUCCUAUUCUGAAGGGUAUCAGUUUUGUGGUCCCUGCAGGCAAGAAGGUCGCCAUUGUUGGGCCCUCUGGAUGCGGCAAGUCGACACUUUUGCGUCUCCUCUUCCGUUUCUACGACCCCCAGUCUGGUUCUGUGUACAUCGAUAACCAAAACAUUCGCGACGUCAAGCUGGACAGUUUGCGGUCCCAGAUCGGGGUUGUCCCGCAGGAGACGGCCUUGUUCAAUACGACCAUUAAGAGUAACAUCCACUAUGGACGCGUGACGGCCACGGAGGAGGAGGUCAUCCAGGCUGCUAAGAAGGCCCAGAUCCACGACGCCAUCAUGAAGCUGCCCGAUCAGUACGAGACCAAGGUCGGAGAGCGCGGAUUGAUGCUCUCUGGUGGUGAGAAGCAGCGUGUGGCCUUGUCGAGAGCCAUCCUCAAGAACUCGCCUAUCAUGUUCUUUGACGAGGCUACCUCGGCUCUUGAUACCCAUACCGAGCAGAGUCUUUUGUCCAACAUCCGCUCUGUCCUUCAUGAGAAGGGAGGCACCAGUAUGUUUAUUGCUCAUCGCCUGAGAACCAUUGCCGACGCAGAUGAGAUUAUUGUUCUCAAGGAGGGACAGAUCGCUGAACGUGGUCGCCAUGACCAGCUCCUCAAGAUGGACGGUAUCUACCGCCACAUGUGGGACACUCAAGAAGGCGAGGCUGUGUUUUAA